AUGGCACUUCUAUAUAAUGAUGGAUGCGAAAAUUUAAAAGGAGAAAUUAUAAAAUGUUUUAUGCGUAUUUUUCCUUUAAAUUCGUAUAAAUUCACUCCAAUAGUAUGGAGUUAUGACUUUUUACCAGUUAAGGCAGAGAACGAUUCAAAUAACAAGUUAAAUGAUUUAUCAAAAAACAUAUUUAAAUAUCAACGUUAUGAACCAUAUAAUCACUCUAGGAUAAUAUUUCUUUCAAAUAAUGAUGUGGAUGGUAUUAUGUUUUUAUUUGAAUAUAAUGCUCUUUCUUAUAAAUAUCCAUCUAAAACAUAUUUAUGCCGUCUUAGAAAAAUAAGCCAAAAAGCAACAAUAUGUGAACACAUUGAUGCAAGCUACUUAGGAAAAACACUUUCGUUUAAUUCAUAUGACGUUAUUAAUGGAAAAGAUAACAUAAUUAAUAUAAAACGUUCAAAAAAUUCAAAACAUACAGUUACUAAAUUAAAAUAUAGGGAUUUAUCUUUUGGUAGAAAUACCUGUCAUAUUGUAAAAACGAAAUAUAUUGAAGAGAACAAAUGCAUGUAUCAUUUAUGUGAAGUUGUAAAUGGUCAUUUAUCAUGUUUUAAUGCAUAUUAUAGCGGAAGAUUAAUUUUUAUAGAUGACAUUUUAUAUAGCGCUAUAGAAAAAAGAAAAUUUUUAUAUCUUCCAGGUAGUUGCUUAACAAAAGAUUCAAAUUUUAUAUGUGAUCCACAACUUUGCCAAUACAAUAGUACACAGAAAUUAACUUCAUGUGAAAAACUAGAAAUUAGUUCUAUAAAAAACGUAUUUCCAAGUAGAGGAAUAUUAGAACCUGCACCAACAUAUAUGCCUAUAAGUCAUGAAAAUAGACCUAGUUCAUCUAUUCUUCUUGCGACAUCUCUUUUGCCCUUCCUAGUUAUGCUUGUUUUUAUUUGGUGCUUUGUAUAUAAAUUUCUUAGACGUCGUAAAAGUAAGUUGUUCAUAAACAUUUCAGUAUAA